GGUCGUGCGACGUGUGAAAUGAUUCAACCACAUCACAUCUCCAUCCCUCAAAACCAAAAUCCUAACGUCACGCAACACUUUUUCUUCAACUUUUCUAUUCUGCUUCUGCGUCUUUAAUCUAAGCAAAACGACAACGUGUCAUUACUUGCAACGCGAAUCCCCAAAUGCAAACAUAAUUCAUUUACAUCUUUCUUUCUUCUUUCUGCAAAUACUUCCAUUUCCUGAUUUCCUCAAAACAACAACACGUUUAAUUUUCAUCUCCUUCCUUUUCUAUCCUAUUCCUCUCCCUAUUAUUAUUAUUGUUACAUCUUUUUCUUCUUCCUCUGAUACAAAGACACCAUGAGAGGACAGGAAGAUCAGCAAUCUAGGGUUUUCUGUGAGCUCUCGGCUCUGGUCUUCAACCUUCUCCGGUCACCGUCGAUCGUGCCGGAGCCUCCGGCGAGGCGUUCGCCGGCGGGGGCGCAGAUUACUCCGGCGGGGUUCGCGUCGCUACUGCUAGGGAUUUCGGUGGCGCUGAUGCUGUGUGGAUCGGUGACUUUCUUCAUCGGGUUCAUGCUGAUGCCGUGGGUUCUCGGAUUGGUUAUGGUGUUUUACGUCGCUGGCGUCGUUUCCUCUCUCUCCGUUCUCGGGCGUUCUAUUCUCUGUUACGCUACGCCACGUAAGGAUCUCCCUGGCUAAAUUGGCAAAUUCUACCGUUGCUUGGCUUUGAUACAUAAUCCAUAUAAACUACAGAGUGGAAACUUAUAUAAAAAGAUAAAUAAUCGAAUUGACCAGUACUAUACUGGUUUUGUGCCUGCCUGCUCAUGCUGCCCAUAGAACAAUGAAGAUUACUGAACUUCUCUCACUAGAAGCAGGAGUCAUGGAUAUCAGGCUUUUGUGGAUAUGGCUUCUCUUUUUAUUUACAAAUAGCCAGCACCAAGAAUUGAGGACUUGUUCCCAGCUACUGUCUUUUGAUGUCAAUUACUGUAUUUGUCUUUACUAUAACUUUUGUAAAAUUUGAAUUUUAGGCUUCUGAUUUUCUUUAUUUUUUUUCCAUUUCCAAACAUGGUAUAUGAUUAUAUGUACUAUAAAAUGAAAGGGAAAGUAUGAUCGGAUGACUCACGAGACCAUAUAUAUAUAUAUAUAUAUAUAAACUGAGGACAGAGUUAUGCCUCGCUUGAGUUGAACUCGG